UCUUGCAGAAGCCGUCAUGAAGCUUGUUAUUCUCGCCGUGCUGGCCACUGUGGCCACCGCCGCCCCCCAGGGGUACGCCGCCCCCCAGGCACGCUACGCGGGCUCAAGCGAAGAGGUCCCUAUUCUGAAGGACGAUCGUAUCCAGGAGGACGAUGGGAGAUAUAAUUUCGACGUGGAGACUGGUAACGGCAUUAUCCUGUCCCAGUCUGGUUCUCCGGGUUCCGAGGGCGCAAUCAUCAAGGCUGGACAAUACUCCUACACUGCUCCUGACGGCACUCCCGUCGUUGUGAAGUUCGUCGCCGACGAGAACGGCUUCCAGCCAGAGUCUAACCUGCUGCCAGUGGCUCCUGAGUUCCCCCACCCAAUCCCCCAGUUCGUGCUGGACCAGAUCGCCUUCGCCGCUCAGGAGGAUGCUGCCGCCGCUCGCGGCAAAUCGGGUCCCUCUGCCAGCUACGGUCCUCCUAAUUAAUCACCAGCCUGAAUAUCAGCAGUAAAACUCUGUAUCAUUCGGUUUCGCUUGUAUAGAUUAUCUCGAGAUAUUCCUUGCUGCUUAGUGUGAAUAUGUAUUAAGAGUUUUCUUUAAUCUUGAAGUAUGCUCAAGACUAAAGGAUACAUGUUGGUUAAUGAGUCAGCUCUUGUGGUGGCUUUGAUAAGCCGUUCGCGGUUAAUAGGCCUCAAGUCAAACAUUAAACUAAUGUUAGCGUAUUAGGAUGAAUGUAUAUUUAUUUAUUUGUGUUUGUGUGAAAUAUGAGUUACAAAAUAAAGUCGCAAUUUUCA